CGGUUCGGCUGAAAGAAACUGUCGGUUGAUUUAUUUUCGGUUUUUUCACGCAUUCCUCAUUAUGUGCAAUAAUAUCGGAGUAAUUGUAUUCGUUACAUUUUAAAUGCAGAGUUAUAUGUUCGGUUCAUGAUUUAUUCAAAGUACUGAAUUAUCGUAGUUGUGGCCGCCCCCUACGGGCUACGUAAUUUGCAAUGAAAUCAAAAUAUUUGGCUACUGCCCACUUGGCUAGCAAGUAGCAAUCUUUUAGAGUUAUAUUAUAUACAAAGUACAAAAAUACUACUUAAAUAUUUGUAUCCAUUUUGUAAUUUACGAUCGUGAUCUCGUGAUCCCGAUGCUUUAAUUUCCAUACCGAUCAUCAAAUAGCGAUGGGCGAUCCGAAUCGAUCUUUGAGAAUCGUUGGUCCAAUAAUAAACAUUUUUUGCAUAACAUGUCUUUUCAUACAAAAACGAUCAAUUUAAAGUUUAAAUAUUUAAAUAUAAAUCGUAGUAUGGUUUAGAAAUUUAAUACAUUUUCCUUUUGAUGUUGUAAUAUAUGAGUUAUAAGAACAUUGUUACUAUUAGGUAUCUAUCUGAGUUUCUGAACGAUUCAUUAGAUCGAUUCACCACCACGAAUCGUCCAUCACUAUCACCAAAUACAUUUUGAUUUUUGCGAUCCCAUCACUAUUCACUGUACACUUGAAAGUCAAACCAAAUAUUAUAAUAUAACAAUAAUAAUAUGCCUCAUACAGAUAAAAUAAUAUUAACAAUUAUUUAAUUAUUAUUAUUUUAUUGUAAAAAGUUCAUGAUUAUAGAAUGAUGAUUAAAUUUUCCACAAUAUACUAUCAAUCGUUAUCAUAGUAGACCGUAACCACGGAAUUACCGUAUUUACCGUGAACUUCGGCAAGCACUCUGACGUGCACUGACACAAAUUCUGUAGGCUGUAUUAAUAAUAGUAGGUACGUGAAAUUAUCGGAAUAUUAUCACCGUUGUCACACAAAUUGCAAGUCGCAAGGCCACAUUCCUUACCGUUAACCGAACGCACGGUGCUUGUCAUUAGUUGUUGAUUAGAAAUGUUUUAAUAUUUUCGUCAUUUAUUGUAGGUAUCUACCCAAAUUGUAGUCAUCUCGUUUCGGUCACACUCGAUACUACACGUCAACACGUAAUAAAUUAUUAAUACCUCAUAAUAAUAAUAAUAAAAUUACUUACAUAAUAUAUGCACAAUUUUUGUCGUAUUGAACGGACGACAUUCAGUGUUUGUACAAAAUAUGGCCUGUCACCCGAACGACGCCGUCAAAGUCAAUCAUCCGGACCCGAUGAAAGAAAAUUACGACAACUAUCUGCUAAUCGAUGCAGGGUCGAAUAUGGUCAACAAGAAAUUCAGCAGGGACUUAGAAUCGGUAUUGCAACGAGCAAAAGACUCGGGUUAGUGAAAAAAACCGACAAAGUGCUUGCCGUAUUUGACAUAACUACCUAGUUAAAAUAUUUUAUUCAAACAAAUUAUCUUUAAAAGUUUUACUUUCUUGGUUUUUCAGAAUUUUUAAUCACAUGGUUGGGAAGUUAAAGGGAAGGGGACAUAAUAUUAUCGACUUCAAGAGCUUACAUGUCGCAAAAAAAUUAUCUGUAUAUUAAAAUGUUAAAUACAAACCUUUAUUACAUUUUUAAAGACCUUUUUAAAAUUAAACUUCUACUCCUCAGUUGUAUGUAUAAAAAGUUAGAAAGUUACCUACCCCUAAAUUAUGUUUUUAAUCUUUUGAUUACACAACUAUAUGGUGGUUCACAAAAAAUACCUUCAUGUAGAAUUUUAUCAAAAGCAAUGGGAAGUGACGAAGUUAUAAGCUUGUGACAUAUGAAGAGACAGAAUGAUGUGCAUGAUGAAAUUAAAAGGGUUACAUUUUGACUACAAAAUUCUAAAAAUAAUUGACAAAUCAACGAUAAAAUGUUUUUAUAAUUUAAUACUUACUUGUUAAUCGUUUUAUAGGAGUUCAAAAAAUAAUCGUCCCUUGUACGUCACUUAAAACGAGCAAAGAAGCAUUAAGACUUGCCAGAAUAUACCCCGGUGCACUGUACUCAACUGCAGGUUAAUAUACCCUAAAUAUUUUCUAAUUACCUUAUAGCAAUUUAUAUCUAUCAUAUUGUUAGAUUGUAACAAGGUUAAGUUAUAACUACCUAACAAUCAAUUAUUUAACUAAAUUGACCACUGGAGUUUUAAGUUUAUAUGGAACACUUAGUACUAUGUACUAAAACAAUUGUAUAACUAUACUCUAUCCCACAAGAGAGCAUGCUGUGCGAUAACAAAAAUUGGAUGGCUCUGCGCAUACUCACCUUCAUUGGUGGCAAAAUUUGAAUGCAUGGAGGAUAUACAAUGGCCUGGUUGAUUAACAAAUGAUGCGGAGAUCCAACAUGCUCUCUCAUGGCACAGAGUAUAGAUUUUGAUCUAAACUCCUCAUAUUGGACUGUUACCAAAUUAAUGAUGGAUAAAUGGAUUAAUUAAAUAAUUCUUUAAUUUAAAAAUACAUGCAGAUAGAACAUUUAUUAAUUUAUAACUGUGAGGCCGUAAUGGCUCAUCCUCUCCUACCUACCUCCAAGUUGUACCUAAGUACUAAUACUCAAAUAGGAAUGAUUUUGUAAAUUUGAACACACAUAAAAAAUGUUUUAAAUUAACAGGCAUCCAUCCACAUGAAGCGAAAUCUUGGGAAGAUAAUUAUUAUGAUGAAUUAAAAAAUAUUGCCAAAAAUCCUGAAUGCGUAGCUAUAGGAAUUUGUGGUUUGGAUUAUAAUAAAGAUUUUUCAACACCCGAUAUGCAAAGAAAAGUUUUUGAACUACAGGUAAUAAGGACAUUUUAAUACUUAAUUAUAAGUGAAUUAAUUUAUACUUACUCUUAUAACAUUGUAUAUCAUAUGUGUUAUUAUUCGCAGACAUAUUAUGGCAACAGGUUAGAAUAAUUUAUUGUAUUAUAUUAUGCAUGUUAUUUAAAUACCUAUUAUUGUAGACUAAAAACAUUUUAAAAUUAUAUUAAACUAUGUGUUCUUGUGUAGAUAUCAUUGGCUAUAGAGAUGAAAAAACCUAUUAUGGUAAAUCAAAAAGGGGCACAUGAAGAUUUUCUGUGUAUUAUAAAAUCGCAUAUGCCUUCAUUGUUACCAGUAAUAUUACAUUCAUUUACUGGUUCUUUUGAAGAAGCUUCCCAGUACAUUGAUUUGGGAAUGUAUAUUGGAAUUUCCGGUCAGUCUUUUAAUAUGAAAUAUAUUAUUAAAAAGAAAAUUAUCUUCUUUUAAUUAUUAUUAUUUUUUUUUUUUUUUUAAAUGUGUAGGUGGUCUUUGUAAAGAUAGUUCAGGUAGUGGAUUAAAACAACUUUUGAGUACACGAAUAUUAACUUUGGAUAGAAUAUUAAUCCAAUCAGAUUCUCCAUUCAUGUAUCCUAAUGCAAGGGCAGCAAAUCUUACCGACACAGUAAAAUCUAGUCUGACACAAAGGUAUUUAUGAUUAUUACAUUUUGAGUAUAAGGUUCUUACAAGAUUCAUAUAAAUGUGUUAUUUUGAGAAAUUGAAAUAUUGUUUAAAAUUUAUUUUUUACAGAUCUCUUGGGUUCCUACAACGUUAUUGUACUUUUCACAGAAACGAACCAUGUUCAUUACCAAUUUUAGUGGAGUUAUUAGCUGCUUUUAUUAAUAAAAAACCAGAAGAAGUUGCUUUAGCUACAUCUUACAAUGCACUUAAAAUAUUUGGAAUGUCUUAAUUUUAACCAAAUGGUAAAUAAAAAAUACAGUAAAAUCUGUCUAAGAUGUAUCCUUAAUAAAUCAAAAACACUGUGCAAAACAAAUUUAAAUGGUUCUAAAACAGAAUUUUGCUUAUACAGUAAAAUUUGUAUUGUAAAAAGGGGACAUGUGAUGAACAAAAAAUUAUUUUGUAGUUCUAUUGGAGUUUUAUUUUAGACAGCUUUUAUUGAAAAUAAAAAAAAAUGUAUUGAAUUUAUGAUAAAUGUAUGGUUAUUUUUUUUAUCAAAAUUUUAAAUUAUUAAAAAUCAUGAAUUGUUUUUAAGUUAAACCAAUGACAAUAUUAUAUACUGUGCCAUUUAACAAUUUUUGUUAUAACUGC